AUGGCGGCGGUAGUGGUGGUGGUGGUGGAAGUGGUGGCAGUGACGGUGGUAGAGGUGGUGGUGAUGGUGGUAGUGGAGGUGGAGGUUACGGUGGUGGUUGUGGCGGUAUUGGUGGUAAAUACCACUAAAUACCAAAAAUUUGGUGGUGGCGACAGUGGCGGUGGUGGCGGCAAUGUUGGAGGUUGUGGUUGUAGUGGUGGAAGUGGUAGUGGUGGAGGUGGCAGUGGUGGAGGUGGAGGGGGUGUUGGUGGUGAUGAAGUGGCAGAGGUGGUGGUGGUGGUUGGAGUAGUGGAGCUGGUGGCAGUGAUGGUGGUGGUUAUGGAAAUGAAGAUGGUGGCAAUGGGCCAAAUUUUUGGACAAAAAGCUGCAUUUGGUAACACAAUACGCUUUCGGCUUCUCGCAGUUAUAGAUUUCUUAGAUGCAUCAGAUCCUUCUAUCUACAAGGCUCUUGUUGCUGAUUUAAAGGGGGUAAAGCGGGUAAAGCAUUUCCUUGACGACUAUGGAUUGUUCUCUGGCCAAGUCAUCAACCUUGCUGAGCAAGGUCUUCAUGGGGCAAAUCUCUAUGAUCAGGCAACAACGCCUGGCUUUGGAGUUGCAAAUUCCAGCCUAUGCAUUCCCAACGAGAUAUUUGGGGGUUCAGAUAAUGAAAGGAAGGGGCGAGUUGAGCUAGUCCGAUCUAUUCUGGGAAGUAUUCUCAUUCAUAAUUUCUCAGUUUAUCUUUGGUCGGCUGCUAUAAUCGAGAACUUCUAUAAAUUUUCAAAAAUACCAUUAAAAUUUGGUGGUGACGACAAUGGCGGUGGUGGAAGUGGUGGUGGUGGCAGUGGUAGAGGUGGUGGUUGUAGCGGUGGAGGCGGUGGUGGUAGUGGCAGUGGUGGUGGCGGCAGUGGAGGUGGUGGUUGUGGCGGUGUUGGAGCUAGAGGUGGCAGUGAAGGAGGUGGUGGUGGUGGUGGUAAAGUUUCUGCUACAGUGGUCCUCUCUAGCAUGACCCUCUCUGCAACUGAAGUUGACAACAACGAAGGUCUUUGUUCUUCGUUUUUCUCUGUGAUUGCUGGCCCAUUUUUUCCUGAAAUCUGUAAUGUUUAUCAGAAGUUUACUGGCCGAUUGUUGUGA